UGGCUGUAAUCCUUUUGAGAGAUACACAAUCAUCACCAUAACAAUCGUUUACGUUCAUUUUUUUCAACUUUGUCUAGAUCGACUAUAUUCACUCUCGCUACUCAGUAAACAAAAGUCACAGCACAAACAGCAUACACACACAAACACAAACACACAAAAUGCGGCUAACAUCAAUUGCUCUGAUUGGACUUGUGGGAUUCGCCUCUACCACAUUCGCGCAAAGUUCAGCGACACCUUCUUCGUCUGCUUCAGCUUCAGCAUCAACAUCCAGUCUAAUUCCAACAGGUAUCAGUUCUGGUUGCUCUGAUUUCUUAAACUCACUCAAUAGUGAUGCAACCCUUCAAGCCUGCACCGCACCUUUGUUGUCAGCCACACAGUAUUACGCAAACGCAACAACGGUAGCAAAAGGAAAUAAAGCAGCUACAUCAAACGUGACAGAUUCAGCAAGUGCACUCAAGAACAGUUUAGGACAAUUGUGUGCAAACACUACAGGUUGUCAACCAAGUACGAUUCGUUCUAACUUGAGUAAAUUCUGGAACGCAUGUGGAACAGAAUUGAAAAGCAAAAAUGAACAAGUCAUUGCACUUUAUGACGUUUUAUACCUCAUCAACCCUUUCCACGAUGCCGUUUGCACGACUGAUGAUAACAACAACUUUUGCAUUCUUUCGAUCGCAAACAGUACUGCUGCCAAACAAGCCACCACAUCCAAACGAUCUCUGCUCACCGAUGAUGCCAUGUUGAUGCCUCAACUACUCGAGAGACAAGAUGCUUCAGAAACUGCGGAAAGCAUUGAUUCAGGAGCAGCAAGUCAAUCCAACAUUGCAUAUCUGUUCUUACAACCGACCAGUGAAAAGAACUUGUUAUGUUCAAGUUGCAGUAAGAACAUCAUGGCAGCAUAUAUCACCUUUGAAACUUCGAUUCCAUAUGCGAUCGGAUUGUCCAACUCUGAUCAAUUGAAAGGACAAUCUGCACUUUAUAAAGCAAUGCAAGCAACAUGCGGAAAAGAUUUCACUACAACCAUUAAUCAAAAAGCAGGAACGACUGCAUUUGCUGAAGUUGGAGGUGCUUUGAGCAAUGCUAAAGUACAAAUCACCGUAACGCUGGCCGUUGCAAGUUUCUUGGCCGUCACUCUUUCAUUCGUUUGAGGGAGAGGGUAGGCGAGUUAUGCUAACUUCAUUUUAGACUUCAUCAAUUUGUACUUUUGUUGCCACUCUUUUUUUUGCUCCUUUUCUGUGAAAUGGGUUCUUUGCUUUUUUCAUUCACCUCCUCUCUUUGGUCUAGUACCAUAUAACCUUGUUUCUCAUACCUCUUUUUUCUCUCUUUUUUGCUUUAUUUCCCAGUCACGGAUCUUU